UCUGGGUGGGCCACAAACAACGAAUACACCGAAAAGUGAAACGAAAUACCUUGCUUAUGUUAUAUACUGUAUAGAAACGGGAUUGGAACGACAAUUUCCGAGAGAGGAGACCAGUAACUAUAGCCUUAAAGGUGGAUUUCGAUUGGAUAUCUACAACCCGGCCCGGGCAUUUCACUCAAUAACGGCUAAAUAAUGGUGAUUGCGCACGCGCUGUUAGCCGUAUGUGCCACUAUGUUAAUGGCAGCAGGCGUACAAGCAAUGCGAGAGGAACCCAUGGAUUUCACGGCACCCUCGGAAGCCUGCAAACCGGAUAUGACGUCAUGUGAGUUCUGGCUUUACAUCCGGGCGGCGUUGACCAUGGUCCACGCACAGAAGAUGACCGUGCCUUUCAACGGGAAAGUUUACUUCCACUCGCCGACGAAUAACUACACCGGCGCUACCCCAGUGGCCUUGUCGGACGUGAUCACGGCUGAUGGGUACCCUGACUCCCGCUUGCUUUACCUCGUGAAUGGAUCCUUCCCUGGACCUACGCUGACGGUCUACCCUGGUCAAAACAUCACCAUCUACGUCUUCAACCAUCUUAUGGACAGCGCGAUUUCGAUGCAUUUCCAUGGGAUCGUUCAAAUGGGGACGCCUUACUCCGAUGGGGUUGGAUUUGUCACGCAAUGCCCCAUCCAACCCGGUCAGAGCUUUUCCUACAAUUUCAAAAUCACGCAACUUAGCGGCACCUACUGGUACCACAGCCACGUGGGCUCGCAGCGCACCAUGGGGAUGUACGGUGCAUUAAUCAUCAAGAAUAGACCUCUCCCAAACAUGCCCGAACCAGAAGAGUACGUGAUGAUGCUUCAAGACUACAACCACGACUGGGACUCCGAAAUGAGCUACUAUAAAAUGGUCUACGGAAUGUACAAGGGCACGAAGAAAUUCAACACCAAUUUCAUAUUCCAAUCAGGCCUAAUCAAUGGUCUCGGUCGGUUCCAUGAUCCAGCUAAGAAAUACGCCCACAACGGGGCGCCACUGGCCAGGUUCAAGGUCAAGAAAGGAAACAGCUACAGAUUCCGUUUGAUCUCGGCGGGGACGAUGUACGCAUUGAGGUUCUCAAUUGAUGGACACGGACUGAAAGUUGUUGCUACUGAUGGGCACGAGGUGGAUCCAGUCGUCGUUCAGUUCAUCCACCUCAAUCCUGGUGAGAGGUAUGACUUCAUGCUGGAAGCGAAUCAAGCCAGUACAAACUACAUGAUCCGUGCAGAAACUUUGGAAGUAGGCCCCGUUCAUAUCAUGGAAGCCAUCUUGAAUUACGAGGGCGUGGAUUCGAACGAAGAACCGUCAACAAAGCCGCGGACAUGCACGGUCAGUACGCCUUGCAAAGCGUUGAACUGUCCAACGACCUUUAAAUAUCACCCAAAAGGAAGGUACAAUGAGUGCCUAGGUAUUGACAAACUUCGCGGAAGAGAGGGCAAGGUUCCGAAAGUCGACGGCUCAAGCUUCAAACACCUCUUCUUGAACUUUGCGCAGCCCACUUGGAAAGAUUGGAGCCCGGCGUCUGUAAAUGGCCGAGUCUUUCGUAACCCUACGGUCAGUCCACUCACUCAACCAAACGAGAUGCAUUGGGGGUGUGACCCGAAGCAAUGUGGCGAGGAAAAGGUCUGUGCAUGCACCUACCACGUGGAUAUCAACUAUGGGGACACGGUGCAGAUGGUCUUCAUGAACAUGGGAGUGGGAAGGGGUUGGGCCCAUCCAGUACACCUGCACGGUCACAGCUUUUACGUGGUGAAAGAGGGGCUGGCAGAGUAUAAUCACACUACUGGGAAGAUGAUUGGAGACAACUUGGACAUCGAUUGCCACGGAAACCCAGAUAGGAAGAAGUCGCUCUGCAACGCAGCAACCUGGUCUGACAGUACCUGGGUCGGCGAUAGCAUCCCCGGCAUAAACUUGGAGCGACCUCCACUCAAGGAUACUGUCAACGUGCCAACAGGUGGCUAUGUUGUCGUACGGUUCAAGGCGGAGAAUCCCGGUGUAUGGCUCAUGCAUUGCCACACCGAGAACCACAAUCUAGAUGGGAUGUCAAUGCUCGUCAGGGAAGCUGCAGAUCGAAUUCCGAAACCGCCCAAGAACUUCCCGACCUGUCGGAGUUUCUCAUAUGAUGAAGAUGACGUCCCCGAAGGACCGCAACCGACAGAGAAGCCUGAAGAUGGAGGGAACAAAGAUGGUAAUGGGAAUUCCAGUGGUAAGGGUGGCACGAAGGAAGAUUUUAACUACCGUGAUGCAUUCUGGGCCUGUGCUGGGGCUCUAAUCAGCCUGGUGGUCACUCUCCUCGUCAUCUCCAUCAUCUACCUCUGCUGCUGCAGGAAACGAAAAACAAAGCGCCCCCUAUCGAGUAACCGUGCGAAGUACUUUGACAAUGGCGGUUUGACUGGUGAUGACGGGAAAGUUUCGCAAAUUAACGAAAGGUUCUGACAGGAAUCGAGGUCAGGGUUGAGACGAAACCUUGAUCGGGCUUCAAAACACUAGAUUCCUAUGCGGUCCAUUUCGUCAUCCUGAUCAUCGUUCCAAUAAUCAUAGCGAUAGGACAAGGCCGGUCCACUGCGUCCGGAGUGUAGAGCACACUGGCUCUACAUUCACUGUGAUAGACAGUGGAGUCAAAACAAUUCCUCCAUUUAUGGAGUCAGGGAGGUUUCGCAACUCAUACGAACGAUGGAGUACGCACGUCUGUUAUGUCAUCUGUCCUGUGAUUACCGGUAUUCAAGCGCGUAACUCGUAAAUCAUCCCAGUUUACCGGUGAAUCAUAAAAUAAAAAAUCCUCGAUAAAACACAUGCAUUGCAUGCUUCGUACUUCAUCGGUCGUAGCUCUUCGUUAGGCUUGCGAAACCUGCCUAAUGCCACAAUACAUCAGGAAGCUUUAUGCUCUUUAAUCCAUAUUGAAUCAAAUACUAUAUUUUCACCUUUAUGAGAUCGUUUUGAUUUUACACCAGGCAUAUUAACCGCACAGGUGAAUAAUGCCGGAAUAAUGCACUUCGGUCAUCUCUCAAAUUCUCACCAUGCCACUAACGCUAUGCCUGAAAUGGUAUACGCUCUCACUAUUUCAUGCAUGUCGAAACGCAAUGAUUGGUGACACGAAAGGACUGUACCGUUGACCUUACAAGCGUGAAAAUAGAGUAUACAUGUAUAUGAAUGUGCAACAGUGAGGCCAUUGGUUUAUCGAUGACCUUAUAAAGAUGAAGGUAGAGUGUGCGACACGUGGCCUUGGUUUAUUGAUGACCUGACGCAGGUGUAGCAGGUGGCACCAGAUGGCCUAACGAUAAAUCUGUGUUCGUGUGUCCAAUAUUUCUCCACACUAACAGAAUAAAUGGUCUCACCGUGAAAGUAAUUCAACUGUUUCGGACAUGUACACAAAUGUAUAUUGAUAACUAUUGGACCUUCCGUUAACAAGAGUUGAUUGUAACAGUCAUUUCUGGAUCUGUUGUAGUUUACCUUAGAGAUUAUCAUUGCAACUUUGUUCCAUUGAGAAAUUUUCUGCCCUGACCUAUUUUCUUGCGCGUAUUUAUAUUUAGUGACCGCCUCAGAACCAACACAUCGAACUGGCCUUGGGAUCAAUCAUUCAAUCGGAAAGUCAAUUAAACACAUAUGCACAUGUUUUAGAGAGCGUCAACAGAUUUGGUUAUGAUGUGAUGUUGGAGAAAACCGGAGGAAAGAGAUUCUUGAAACAUGGCAGCGAAUGACACGAGUGAUCCAAUUAGUGCUGGCAACUUCGCGGGGACAUUCUGCGAAGGAGUGCUUACUGGCCGUAUCAAAUUCGACCCAUUACCGAGCCGGGGCGUGGCAGAGGUCCUCCUGUAUCUUUCUAGUAUUUCGACAGUCCUCGCCACAGCCGCCCAACUCUUCAGGAAGUCUCCCUUCAACAAUCUCGCGCCGUCAAUAGAGCGACAUAUCACGACGGUGAUACAGCGGACCAUCUUCCUCGGUUUCUCGUCAACUGUUCUACUUUGCUGCGUCAUACCCGCACACCGAAUCGCCACCUUUCAUUCAUGCGAGACACUAAAGCAGCCAUCUUUAAUUCGCGCACUUCCUGGUACUGUAAUGAUGGUCCUUUCACCAUUUUUGAUGACUGCCGGACUUGCGUGGGGUUUCUGUGUUGACGCUUUGCGCGCUGAAUUCGUUACCAAGGAGACCCUCAUGACCUUUAUAGUGGUUUACCAAUGCUGCUCAGGGCUGUUUCAAAUCUGGUCCGGUUUGUACUGGACUGGCAUUCAUUCAGAAGUGAAUUCGUUUCUCAUCUGUUCAGUGCUGUCUCUCUCACAGGGACUAUUUUCAAUAAUUCUUUACCAGAAAGGUAGCAGCCGAUAGACAUGGCUCGCAAGAUAGCUUAUGUAAUAGCGAAUCUACUUUGCACCGUCUCUUCAAUUGCCUUUAUCAGUUUACAUAAGAAAUGAUUUUUGAGGCUCCUUAUAUUGAUGAGUCGAGAAGCUCCAUCUCCAUUCAAUCGCAAUUUUUCUUUGGAUAUCGUAGAAAGAACAGCAAUAUCCCUCACUCAAGUUAUUAUACAUUUUGUAAAUUAGUCAAAUGGAGACUGGGGCCUCCUUAUACAAUCAUUCUUUAAACUGGUAUUUCAGUCUUUAAUACUUUUCAAGGUGUGUACCAUUAAAUACCCUGGGACUAUUUUUUGUUUUGUAAUCUGGUCUUUGUAAUAAUGCUUCGUGCCAAAGCCCUGGCAAUUUUUCUCUGUAUAUAUCUUUGUAUAUUCAUUUUUUUGAAUGAAUAAAGAAUACCAAACUAAAACAAACUGAUACCGGCCAAAUUAAAGGA